CUUUCAGCAGCCGAUAUCAACCCCACAAAGCAAACAGAGACAGAGAGGAAGACCGACCAAACCACACGACGCAGCAAGCACAACCACAACAGCACCGCUAUCAGACCAGCCAGCGAUGGAGGGGGCCGCACAAGAUGAACCACAGCAGGCGACUGCAGACAAACAGCAGCAGCAACAGCAGCAAGGACGGCUUGAACAGGACAGCGAUGGGGAUCGCUUGCUGCAGGAUGUGGCACCAGAGGAAGAAGAAGGUGGGGACGGCCGUGAUGCGGAGGCUGGCAGCACGACUGGCCCUGGCCCAGCAAAGUCCAGUGUCGAUGUCAUUGUGGAUGACGAUGACGAUGACCUGGACGAUGAAGAGUACGAGUCCGAGACGAUGAAGGCACGAGCGGAUGCCAUCGAGGACCUCAUGCAGGGCAUGAACCAGCUGCCGUUUCAGCGGCAAGAGCCCGAGUACCCCGACACGUACCGUAUCAACAGCGAGAAGGAAAUCGCAACGCUUGCCAUUGUGCGCAACUUUGAGCGGCAGUUCAAGAGCCUCUACAAGCAGCGCAAGCCCCUCAGCACUAUCUUUCCCAACGAGUGCGGCGUCGAGAAAUUUCUGUGCACAACAGUGCGUCCGACCAAGCUGCAGUACCGUGAGCUGGAUCGCCAUGAUGGCAUUGCCGCUUUUGUUGCAGACUACAUUGGCUACGACCAGCUCGAAAUCCCAACAGAACCCCCUGCGGUGAUGCCGUCUCCGACGUACACGCUGUGGCGGCAGCACGGCAACUCGUUUGACAUGAGCAUCGUCCUCUGCUCCCUCCUCGAGGGCGCCGGUUUCGACGCAUACUGCGUCUUUGGCUACGCGUCAAGAGAGGUGACGACACAACAUCGGCUGCGGUCAGAGAAGAGGGCCUUUGAAAAGAAAGAGGAGGCCAAGGAGGAGGACACGCCAAAGCCGGCCAACAAGUACUCGAUCAAGCGGGAGAACCGGCUGGAGAGCAAGUACCUGCGCGAGAUGCAGCAGCGCACCAAGACAGAGGAGAACGAUCGCCAACGCGAAGAGAAGAGGAAGGAGGAGGAGGAGCGACGUGCCCGUCUUGCCCCGCCCGAGGACGAAUUGCAUGGCCUCCGCGUCCACUGCUGGGUGCUCGUGCUCCCGGGCCAGCGCGGCGUGCACGAGGCAUUCUUCAUCGAGCCGACGACGGGCGUUGCGCUGUUUACGGACGAUCCAAAUUAUCUCGGCAUCGAGUACAUCUGGAACUCAAGCAACCUGUGGGUGAACAUGCAGAAGUGCGUCAAUGGCCUUGAUGACAUGGAAUACGAUCUCAAGGACACAACAUGCUGGGAAUACAUGUUCCCACUGGAUGAGGAUCAUGCAGAGGAAGGCCUGAAGGUUGAUCUGCCCACAUCCUGGGUCGCUCGCCUCUCCCUCUCCCCACAGGAGUAUGAGCUGCGGUGUCCAAACGGCACGCGGAAGCUGCAAUUUGCAAACGAGGAAGUGGAGAUCUUUGCGGAAUAUCUCAAUCCAAACGGCCUCGUCAAGCGAGUGAAGCGGUAUGAGACAGAGGAGCUGAAGCGCCUGCUCAGCAUCACGCACACAUACAAACACAGGAAGGACUGCCUGCUCAAAUAUGUCUUCUAUCCCGCAACCGAUGAGUCGGCCGCGCGCCACGACCACGUGUACGCACCGGGCCACAAGUUCAAGAUCCGCAGACACGUCUACACCGACGAGAACGCGCCAACGCGUCGCAUCAUCUUCUAUGCGGGAUCGCGGGUGGACGGACUCGUGGAGCGAUAUGAGGACGCAGCCGCGAUUACGGAAACAUACCGGGACCGCAAAGACAACUUGCUCAUGCGCCAGGCAACAUUCUCUGAUUUGAACGAAAGUGCCGGUGGCAGGCGCAGACGAAAGGUCAACAUCAACGUUGCCAGGACACCAGAAGACAUUGAAGUGCUGACGGAGCGGUUUGCGCGGUCGCCACUCGUGCCUGCGGAAAAGGACAUGGAGGAGAUUGCAUACUUUGCCGACGCCGUGCAGAUCAAGUUCCACAGAGGAGACGGGCGCAUCAGCGCUUCGACGCUUGAACUGGAGAAACCGCACAUCACUGACAAGCAGGAGAUUGAGCCGAUUUCGGACGAGUACGUCGACCUGUACACGCCAGACAGCUCAAGCAAGAAACCGCGCAACUUUGAGCUUUUCGGCAUGCUCCAAAAGUGCCUGCGGAUGGAGAAGGCGUGCCGGAAGAGCAUUGGAUUGUCCAUGCGCGAAACGCGCGAUAUUCUUGAAGCGCUGGAGAGGGACGACAAGGAAGUCGAAUUGGAGAUUUCGUUCUACGACACCAUGCGAAACGAGAAGCUUCGCAUUGAGCGCGCGAAGCAGGAGCAGGAUGCAAAGAACGAGGCGAUUCGACGGGCAAAGCAGGCUGAGGACUACCUUGCGCCGUAUCUGGUGCGCCUCGACGACCCGGCGCACAUUGACGAGGUGACGGCGGCCUGGCUCAAGGACCAGGUCAUGGACGACUUCACGACGCAGCUGAAGAUGCGCUUCAACUUCAUCGAGGCCGAAUGCAACCGCGAGGCGAAGGAAUUGCAGGCAAAAACGGCGUGGUUCAAGCAGAAUCAGCCGUCGCUGUCGGAGGAAGAGGAGCGUGACUUUGCGAAGUACAGAAAUGAGGCAUUGUUCCGCAUGAACAUUCUGCAAAAGCGCCUGGCCCAACACAAGGAGAGAACACCGCAUUUGUCCAUGCAAAUGGAGCACAAAUUGCGCAAUGACCCGCGCCUUGCUGCCCUACACAAGCAGUGACGUGACGUGAUGUGGUGUGAUGAUGGCUGAUGGGGUGACCAUUGAUGGUGUUGGUUGGUGCUGCCGCUGGUACUCGUGUUGAGUGGUGACAUGGUUCAAUUGUGACGUGAUGCAGUCAUCAUGAAGUCAUGGCGUGUGCGCAAUGGACGGGUGAUUGCCCUUGUCGCCACAUCAAACAUUGCGUUCAUCUGUGUCGACGUGCGUGCGUGCGUGUGCGUGCGUGCGUGUGUGUGUGUGUGCGUACGUAUUCUCUUGGUUAUGGCGUUUUUCUUUUUUGCAAGCUCACGCGCCAUGUUGACUUGGCUGGCGCUGAUGUACACAUUUUUCACAUGCUGCUGUUUGUUGCUUGCUGCCAUGAUUGUUGUUCCGCCUCUCCACAUGCCCCCCCCCCCACACACACACACACAAUACGCGCUUGCCUUCACUCAAGGGGCAUAAGUACAGUCUAAUGAGAACGAACAGUUUGAAGGCACGCUGAAAUUGGU